AUGAAAGAAGAAAUCUCAACGAUAGUCCAUGUUGACAAGCCCCGCGCUGUCAAGGACCCUGAGUAUGCCCGCUCCUUGGGCAGGACACCCUCGUUUUGUGUCUUCGAUGAGCGGUUCAUCGGAGACGUCGUGGGUUCGGAUCCAAAGAUACAGCUAAUCGAGGAGCGAAGGGGGAAAGGAGAGCAGUUCGCUCAUGAAGCGGGCGUAUACAUCCGCGAGACCAACUCGGUGUAUUUCACCUCCAACUUCCAGACAUGCGAUCCCAUCAAUCUCUACGCCAUAAACUGUGACACGCAUGAAAUCGAGAAGCUCGACUAUCCGGAUGUCGUGCAGGCGAAUGGAGCAUGCAAUUAUCCUGGGAAGACUGCGUCUACCCAUUCCUCUGGUGCUGGAAACGGGGGCGAGGAGCCAGAUCGUCUCCUCUAUUGCUCCCAGGGUGACCAGUCAACCCCAUCCGCCCUGGUGCUAGUUAACCCAGUCACCAAGGAGUCCGAGAUUCUUCUCAACAACUUUUACGGCCGAGAGUUCUCCUCUGUCAACGAUGUCGUGAUCCACCAUGGCACAGGAGACGUUUGGUUUACGGACCCAACGUAUGGCUUUGAGCAGGGUUUCCGCCCUGAACCCGUUCUACCUGCGCAGGUGUACAGAUUUAGACCAUCUACAAAGGACUGCUACGCUCUAGCGGAUGGAUUCGACAUGUGCAAUGGGCUCUGCUUUAACCCCGACUAUACCUUGCUUUACGUCACUGAUACGGGGGCCGUCAAGGCUCGAAGUCACUCUGGAAACGGACGCAAGUUCCAAGCCGACUAUCGAAACGCUGCGACGAUAUAUGUCUAUGACGUGGUUGAUGGGGGCACCCGGAUUUCCAACCGCAGGGCGUUCGCGUUUUGUGAUUCGGGGGUGCCCGACGGGAUCAAAUGUGAUGAGAAUGGGUAUGUGUAUUCCGGCUGUGGGGAUGGAGUUCAUGUCUGGGCCCCGGAUGGGACUCUGGUUGGUAAGAUAAUUGUUGGAUGCACCACGGCGAACUUCUGCUUCGUCAAGGGUGGGAUCUGGAUGUUUAGCGAGAAGGACCUGUACUUCUGCAGAAUUCAAGCAAAAGGGGCCUUGGUUAAGAUUGAAUGCGAGUAG